GCUCGAUCUUAACAGUUCCGAAUAGUCAAUGAAGUUCAUACUCUUCUGCUUCUGUAGACGUGUAAGAACACUACUAUAAGAACAUUUCAUCGACGAGUCAAGACGGAUGAUUGAGUUGAUGACAUGACUGAGUUAAUUAUAUGCCAGAAAGUGUUCCCUGCGUUGAUAUCAGUGAUUUGGCGGUCAAGUCGAGUCAAGUUAAAUCGAUCUAAAAAGAUUUGUGGUUGCUUCAAGAGAUCCCAGUUGGGAAUGGAAUUCGGUUCCGACAGAUACGAUUCGCUUGACUGACAAAGCUGAGUUUCAAUUGCUCUAGAGAUCUGUCAACAGUUCUUCAAGGUCAAAAGCACUGACGAUCAGAUGUCAAGGUUUCGGGGUUGUCAGUAAGAGUGCUUGCAAUCUCUAUGUUGAAGUUUGAUAAUGAAUUCUUCGGAUGAGUAAAGCCUUACUUCUACGCGUGUGAUAUAGACCGAUUUGACAUACAUUAACAAGUCUACUGGCGAGAUUCAAUUGCCAACUAAAUUCUUGCAGGUAUGUCCUAGUGCUUAACAUGGUGAGAAGAUCAGUUUAACAUCUCGCUCUUUCUCUUACCAUGGCAGCUCUUCACUUCAGACCGAUCAACUCAGCUCUGUUUGUGCUGUACGAACCACAAGGAGCACCAUCCAUGGAUAUAAUCUUCUUUCAUGGUCUUCAUUUUGAGUCAAAGGCCUACGACCAAGCCUACUGGAAGUCCUGGAUGAGUUUGAGUAAAUCAGAGCUACAAUUACAAGGAGACCCAAACGAAGCAGAGGAGCUGCCGGUCUGCUGGCCUGAAAAAUGGCUGGGCCCAGAGUUUGGAGCAAGAAUUCUAUCAAUCAAGUACGACUCCUCUAUAACUGAGACCCCAACGACCGGAAGAAUGACUAUGCAGAACCUCGGAGAAAAUUUGAUUCAAGAUAUUCUGAGAACAAAACUCGUGCCCAUGGUGGGCAAACAAUCAGUGUUUCUGGUGGGACACUCUUUGGGUUGCCUUGUGAUCAAGCAGCUGCUUCUCCAUUCCCAAGGCUGUGUAGAUGCGUCGAAGAGAAUGAUAGAAAACAUGAAAUUACCGAACGGACAUGCGGAAGUCAGGAAGUACGAGACCAUCAAGAGCUUUCUGGACAGCGUGAAAGGUCUGUGCUUUUACUCUCCUCCUUUACAGGGCACCAGACUUGCUGACUUCGUCCAGACUAGAGGGAGGUACAAUGUGAGUCCAACUUUUGAAUUUCUGAAAACUCUGAGCACGGAGGCAGCUCUGCUGAAUGACCGCUUUCGAGUAUGGCGUAGUUCCUCUGUGUCACCACUACGAGUAAAUACGAUUGCUGAAAGUCUGCCUACUAUGCAAUGGGGCUACAAUAAAGUGGUGGUAUGUGAAGCUGCAUGCCGAACUGACACCGACAAAAUGUACACCGCUGCAGCCGAUCAUUUCACAGUCAUCAGACCAAUCAGCCCAAUGUCUUCAUUAUACCAAGAUCUCACAAACUUCAUCGAAGAGCAAUCUGGAGUCCACCGUAUGCAGGCACAAGAGCAGAUGGAGCGGGAGCAGAUGUUGCAAGAGCUUCUUUGAUCGGAUUGAUCAGCCGUGGAGUUCAUUUUUAGCGGAGUGUGUUACUCGUGUUACUUCAGCCCGUGGAAUCGCGAAUCAUCUGGCAUCAUGUCCUUGAGCCUUUGCACCUGACACAAGGUAUUCUAGUUAGCCAGACGAUGCUCGUUCAUGGAACCUACAACAUGAUUACACUUUGGAGGGAUAUGAUCGACCGUUCAUAGGUAAGUUUUGACAUAGGUGAUUUUUGAAUCUUUUCGUUCGCAAAGGAGAACAUUUCAGUUUCUGAAAAUUUAACCGGAUAGACACGCUUCUGUACAUGAAUGGAGAAACUGACGACAUUGAUGAAGCUUGCAGCCUGGGGUAUGACAUAGAUCUGGAUGUGAAGCGUCACCACGUUGUAGACUUGAACCUUUUGUGCUGCACUAGUAUUGGAAGCUGAAUACAUUGUUCCGUGAGAUCAAAUUCCUCUUUAAAAGCCUGUACAAGGCACACGCAGGAACAUCUUUGUUGUAAUCAAAGAGUCUAAACUCAGCUGAAGUCAUCAUGCUCCAAUGAUUAGGCUGAUUAGUGGAUCACUGCCAUCGACGCCGUUACAGAAGUAGCAAUGUUUUAGCACUGGUUGGAAUUUUCCAUUUUCAUUAUUUACUUCUCUCUUUACUUGAAGAUUUCCAGCUUCCGAGGGCCGUCAAAGAUGCAGAGUAAUCUAGAUACAGAGGACGCUUUCCGUUCUUACCACAUCUUAUUGGAAGUCUGAUCUGAAUUGGCGAAGACUUUCACUUCAUGCAAGCAGACGAUCCUGGUGUCCAUGAGCACGCUUACCCAUAACAACAAUAUAGUGCAAUGCUUUUCAAGUAGAGUGAUUACUAUGGAAAGUAUUGCAUGAUAGUAUGUGCCCUGUUUUCCCCGAUUUGGUACACAUUUCUAGUUCUGCUCAAGGUCAACAAUCACAGCCGCUUUAAGUUGUCGGUGAUGAUUCUGGUCAACACCUGCUCCCGGACAAGCUCUGAAUUCAAUGUACAUUCAGUGUGAGCAUUCAUCCGGAGUGCACAUCUGGAUUCUCUCUGAUGCAUUGGAGUCGAUGAUAUGUAGCAAGAAUGGGCAAAGAGUAUUGAGGUUCAGCAGAUUACAUGCACAUAAGGGAACCGUAGCCUAGAAUAGGUUUUUAUUUACACAAUUCAUUUUCUUACUCCCAUAAGCAAGAUCGAUGAAUUUGGAACAGAUUCAGUUGCCGAGAGUG